GUAACAGCUCCCUAUGCGUCACAGCGAAAGGAGGUUUGCGUGCCUUUGUGAGAUCCCAUCAGUUGUAGACCGGGUGGAACAUGGAGUGUAUCCCAGUAAGCAUUGAUGAUCUUGAAGGCAAAAAGGAUCCAAUCAUUGAAGAACGAGAGCAAAAUGUUUACACCAGGUUUAUGAAGUCGCACCGCUGUUACGACCUCGUGCCCACUAGUUCCAAAUUAGUGGUGUUUGAUACGUCGCUUCAGGUGAAGAAGGCGUUCUUUGCGCUUGUUUCAAAUGGGGUGAGAGCAGCUCCUCUUUGGGACAGCAAGAAGCAGUGCUUUGUGGGUAUGCUAACUAUCACAGACUUCAUCAACAUUCUUCAUCGCUACUACAAGUCUCCGUUGGUUCAGAUAUACGAGUUGGAAGAGCACAAAAUUGAAACAUGGAGAGAGGUGUACCUUCAAGACUCUUUCAAGCCUUUGGUUUGCAUAUCUCCCAAUGCAAGUUUGUAUGAUGCGGUGUCGUCUCUGCUGAGGCACAAGAUCCACAGGUUGCCUGUAAUCGACCCGCUGACUGGGAACACGCUGUAUAUCCUCACACAUAAGAGGAUUCUUAAGUUCCUGAAGCUUUUUAUAUCAGAAAUGCCAAGAGCCUCAUUCUUGAAUCAGACUUUAGAGGAACUGAACAUUGGGACGUUCAAGAACAUAGCAGUGGUCCGAGCAGACACCCCCCUGUACACAGCGCUGGGUAUUUUUGUGGAGCAACGAGUGUCCGCGCUCCCUGUUGUGGAUGACAAAGGUCGAGUGGUGGACAUAUACUCGAAAUUUGAUGUCAUAAAUCUGGCUGCAGAGAAGACGUACAACAACCUGGACGUGACUGUGACCAAGGCGUUGAAGCAUCGCUCGCAGUACUUCGAGGGAGUCCUGACCUGCAACAGACAUGAGACCCUUGAAGCCAUCAUCACCAGACUGGUAGAGGCCGAGGUUCACAGACUCGUGGUCGUCGAUGAGAACGAAGUGGUGAAGGGAAUCGUCUCGCUUUCUGAUAUCCUCCAGGCGCUGGUGUUGACCGACGGAGAAGAGGGCACAACUUUUGGGAGUAAUUAGGAAUGUUGUUUUGGGAUGAGACCAGAGCAAAGGGAAAGCACAAGCAUGUGGGAGGAGAAAUGGUCUUCUCCGAUAACGCCCAUACAGAGAGACGUCUCUGUCUCUGGACUUUUAGCAAUACUGAAAUUUGUAGCUGGUAGCACAGGACUUCAAAAACCUUCUUUAAAUUGAGCCAAAUUCAAAAUCCGCAGUCGUUGACCAGAGAUUUGAAAGAAGAAGAAACUUGAAGAAUGCAGCACAAUUACCAUCUCUGCCCUUUUACUACUUUAUGAAGUAAUUUAAAAUAAAAAUAAAAACAUUCCCCCGUUUUACCAGCAUUUCAAUUUAUUUUACCAGCGACGGCACUAAGCUUCUCUUAGAGUUAAAUUGGAUGCUGCAACUCGAGCGAAUCAGCAUCAGUAUGUAAACCCCUGACGCUUUUUCUUUAAAGCUUGUACGAUGGUUAUCAGAUUAUUCUCUUAUUGUUUGUUCAUUUUUAUUUAGGAUGUUUAUUUAAAGGCAGGUGUGGUGUUGAUCUAUAUGAUCGUAAGCAUUAUUUCAGUGUUGACUUAAGCAUCACCAAAAACGUUCACCAACAUCAAAAAGUCGAGUUAGGAAUGUUUGAAAACAUUUUUGCCAUUAAAUCUAAAAAUGUGGUAAACGUCUGGAUUUGUUCUUUAAGUCUUGAGUUUUUGCAGGUUGCAGCUGAAAGAGUUUGCACAAGCAGUUUAGGAUUACAAUCCCACAGCACAGCAGCAACCUGAGGAAAUAAUCCAGGUUCCAAACAAACAUAAAUACUCUGAUCAGGAAUCGCCAUUCAGCUUUGUUCUUAUCUAAAUGUCCAAAUAUGGAUGCAUAUAUAAGUAUUUUUUGUUUUAUUUUGACGUUUUGUGUUGUGUCCUGCCACGUGUAACUGCAUAUGUAAUGGAUUGUUUAUCAUACUCAAACAUUUGUGUUUUUUUUGUUUUGUUUUUUUUUUUGCAUGUGACCCACUUUGAUUGAUGACAUUAUUGGAAAAAUAAUUUUGUCGUUACAUCGUUAAUGCUAAAUCUACCAUUUUAUGAAGCAUUUCCUCUAUUUUAUGGCCAAGUUAAAAAUGUUUUCUGGUUUUGGUAGCUACAGUGAUGGCAGUCAAAACAUAACAGAUUAAUUGUUUAGGUUUUUUUUUUAGGGUUUGAUCCAUUGUUUAAAGGACAUAAUCACUAAGAAUCACAGAACCAGCAUUUUCAUUCCAUUUUCUAAGAUGGAUGUGUGAGGAACAUUAAAUGUCCUGCUUUAUGCCUGAUGAAGUGUGUACAACUGCAUGUAAAUGCAUCGUUUCUGUACUAAUCUGAGAUCCUUAAUUUAACAGAUGUCAAAUAAAACCUUUGUUUACCUAA